AUGAAUGAAUCUUUGAAAAUAUUAAAACUCUUAUAUUACAAAAAUUUACUCACGCGUAAAAGACAAUGGAAAAUUAUUUUAAUUGGAGAAAUUUUGAUUCCUGUCGGAUUUAUGAUGUGCGUAUGGGCAGUGAGAAAUUUAUCUGCAAAACCUUCAAUCCGUUUUGAAAAUAAUACUUAUUACAAAAACGUGUCUAAAGAAGAAAUGGUUAAUAAGCUGUAUUAUGCUCAAGUUAAUUUACAUUUUACACCAAAUAAUAGUUUUACGAUAACACUGAUUAGAAACGUAGUAGACUGUCUACGAUUGGAUCCAAAUAAUAUAACGGUGUAUGGAUAUGAAACAGAAGAAAAUUUAGUUGAAAAUUAUCAGAAUACCAAAGUUGGAUCAGUAACUAAACAUGCGGCAGUAGUUUUCAAUGACCAAUAUAUUAAUGGAUCGACAAAACAUUUAAACUAUAAAAUACGAACAAGUAAUUUUAUGCCAACAGAACAAUACAACAUCUUUUUUUUAAAAAAUAUGUUCGAAUAUUAUACAAGCAUAAAUAUGUUUGUGCCCUUACAAAUGUGCUUAGAUGAGUCAUUCAUAAAGAUGAAAACAAAAGAUCUAUUAUUUAAUUCCCAAAUUUUUGUACAACGAAUACCCUAUCCACCACAUAUACAACAAAGCUUGACAGAUUCAAUUAUUAGACAGUUAUUUACAGCUGUUAUGAUAACAAUUUUCAUGAUUCCAUUAUUUAUUGAAACUUCAAAUGCAUCAAGUGAAAAAUUUGCUGGUAUUCACGUGUUAAUGUCAAUGAAUGGUGUUUCUAAUGCUUUGAAUAUAUUUAGCUGGCUUAGUAAUGGAAUCAUUUUUAUUACGUUAGUUUGUGUAACACCUAUAGUCGUUAUACUACUAUACUCUACAAGUGACGCACUUCCUUUCAUAAAUUACAGCAAUCCAUUUUUAAUAUGGUUGGCACUAACAUUACAUAUUGCACAUCUUUUCUCAUAUGGCAUACAUAUCUCUGCAUACUUUUCUAAAUUUUUGUAUGUUAUAUUUGGUAUUUUAGCUUGCAAUAUUUGCUCAGCAGUAUUGCAAUUACAUGGUUUAACAGAAGACACUUACGUAUACGCACCGUAUUUAGGAAUAAUUUUUCCAAAUAUGUUAUUAAAUCGCAUUAUAGAAGAAUUUAAUUAUUAUGAAGCAACGGGUGAAGGCAUACAAUGGAAUAAUUUGUAUUUAGUUGGAAAUCCAGCAUAUGAAUUUAUGGGAAGCACAGGAAUGGUAUUACUAUUAUCUGUAGUUGGAAGCAUUAUUCAUUUUAUACUAGCAAUUUAUAUUUACGCAAUUAAUCCUGGAAAAUAUGGUGUUAAGAAGCAUCCACUAUUUUUCUUACAAUAUAGAAAAAAAACAGCCGUUGAGAAUUACGUAGAAAAUUUAGAAUAUAAUAAUCUGAAUAAAAAACCUUUUGAAGCAGUAUCUGGACAGGCUUACAUGCCUGGAAUUCAAAUACGAAACUUAAAAAAAUCCUAUAAUAUCGGUUUAUUUAAUAAUAAGCAAUUUCACGCAUUAUGUGACGUUUCUAUAGAUUUUUAUAAAGGACAAAUUACAACAUUAUUAGGUCACAAUGGAGCUGGAAAAACUACUAUGAUGUCUAUUUUAACAGGUAUGACGAAUCCUACCGAUGGUUUAAUAAUUGUAAAUUCAAAAAAUAUGAGAGAAUAUGCUACUGAAAUAAUGAAUGAUAUAGGACUAUGUCCGCAAGAAAAUAUACUUUUUCCUAAUCUUUCCGUUAAAGAGCAACUACUAUUUUUCGCUAUGCUAAAAAGUAACGAAAAAUCAAAAGGAGAAAUUGAACAAAAUUUAAAAACUUUUCUAAAAAAAUUGAAAUUAUACGAUAAACGAAAUUCUUUACCCAAAGAAUUGUCGGGUGGACAAACGCGUCGAGUUUGCCUUGGUCUGGCAUCGAUAAGUGAUUCAAGUAUACUUAUUUUAGAUGAACCAACAUCUGGUUUAGAUCCAGAAAGUAGACGUAUUAUAUGGGAUAUAUUAUUGAAAAUGAGAGGAGAAAAAACUAUUUUAAUAAGUACGCACGAUAUGGAAGAGGCUGAUAUUCUUGGAGACAGGAUUGCAAUAAUGCAUACAGGACAAUUAAAAGCCUAUGGAACAUCAAUGUAUCUUAAAAAGUUAUUAGGACAAGAUAAUAUACAAGUAAGUUUAUCUGUCGAAUCGUGGUGUGAUAUUGAAAAACUUUGUGAUAAAUUAAAUUGUAAAGAUAAAAAUAUUAAAAAUGGCAACAGAAUAAUUAUGAAUAUUCCAAAUUCUCCGAAUCUCCCAGAUUGGUUAGAUAACUUGGAAAACUGUAAAAAUGAAUACGGUAUAUCAGGUUUAAGUAUUUCUCUAAUUACUUUAGAGCAAGUAUUUUUGAAAGUUACGAAAGAAAAUGACGAUCCAAUAACACCACUCAAACCUUUAAAUAGAAUCGGACAGAAAGUAACAGGCAUAGCACUUCGUAUACAAUUUAUACGAUCAUUAUUACAUAAAAAAAUGGUUUAUACAAAAAAUAACUUAUCCGUGAUUAUAGUAAUGAUGAUUUUGAUUUCUAUAGAUUUACUAAGUAUUUCUCUUAUUUUAAAAGAAAGAAACAUUUUUAAACCGACAGAUCGGUUAGUAAAUUUAAAUCUUAAUUUGUACAAUAAUCCAAUAACUUACUACAAAAGUUAUGAUCCGAUUUUUGGACAAAAAUAUAAACUUAUUUCAGAAAAUUUCACUAGUAAAGCAACAGAAGCUGUAGAAUCGAAUCUUAACGAUGUUUUAAUAAAUUAUGCAAAGAAUGAUCUUAUCUUUUAUGAUAAUCACCUCAUUGCUGCAGCAGAAUUUAACAAGACGGGCAAAAGCCUGAUACUCAAUGCUCUUUAUUCUGAAAAAGCCACAUAUAGUUUUCCUAUUUCAAUUAAUUUACUUUCAAAUACUAUUAUCAAGAGUGUUUUAGAUGAUGACUAUUCCAUAAGUUUAUCUAGUCAAAAUUUACCUUCUCUUAAUGCUCUAAUUUAUACCGAUAAUACUACAAUUAAUGCCUUUACAACAGCUGUAAUUUUUGUUUUUCUCUUUUACCCUGCCAUUGCAUUAUUUGCUGUGCAUCCUCUGCGCGAAUCUUUAACAAAUAUAAAGCAACUACAAAGGAUGGCUGGCGUUUCUGGUUUUAUUUAUUGGGGAACGUUAUUCUUAUUUGAUAUUAUUGUAUUUUUAUUUCUAAUAGCGCUUACCAUUAUGGGUUUCAUUUCUAUGGAUUUUUUUCUUGAUCUUCAAAUGUAUGAACAAACUGAAAUCUUGAUAUUGCUGCUUCUAUUCGUACUAUUUGCAAUAAACUCGUUGUUAUUUGUUUACAUAUUUACUUUCAUAAAUACAUUAACGAGUUCUGUAAUACGACUGUUAACUUAUAUACCUAUGAGCCUUGUAUUAAUGGAACUUAUUAUGUGUGCAGUUAAAGCUCAAUUAGAUGAUUAUGAAGUUGUAAAAAUUUUGCGUCCAAUUCAAAAAAAAAUAUUUCUCUUAAUUCCUUACUUGAGCUUCUUUCACAGUCAAAUUUCAUUUUACACAACAGCACAACAAAAUUCUAGGUGUAAAAAAAUGCCUAAUCAAUUUUAUAACACAAUGUGUAAUACACUGAAUCCUAACUCUGACAUCUGUUGCGAGAUGGAGUGUUAUAAUGGAGAAUGCAAAAACUAUUUGAAAUACUUUACUAAUUUUGAAAAAGAGAUCACUUUGGAAGAGAGUAUAAUGUAUCUGAGCGUCACGCCCAUACUAUAUAUUGGGAUUCUUCUUUUACUAGAAUUUAGAAUUAUUCAGAAGCUUAGAGUUAAGAUGUCAAAACCUAUUUCCUUUGAAUAUGAAAUAGAAGAACAAGUAAAAAAAGAGAAAUUAUCCAUUGCCAAUAAACUUUCUGAACUUAAGAAAUAAAUAUUUCCUAAUAAUUCAUCAAAUUUCAAUAGUAAUAAUCAAUUGUUUUUUGUACAUGAAUUGCGUAAGCAAUAUGGCAAUUUAUUGGCAGUCAAAGAUAUAAGUUUUGGAGUUAAUGAACAUGAAUGUUUUGGAUUACUUGGCGUUAAUGGAGCAGGAAAAAGUACUACUUUCCGAAUGAUGACUGGACAAGAUGUACCAAAUAGUGGCGUUAUGUACAUAGGCAACAAUAGUAUUAAUGUAAAUCGAACGGUUUUUCUAUCGCAAAUGGGAUAUUGUCCUCAAACUUAUGCUCUAAUAAGUUCGAUAAAUGCAUUCGAUCAUCUACGAUUAUUUGCCAAUCUUCGCGGUAUUCCCCAUUGUAAUGUUGAAGAAGAAGUAAAAACGUGGAUCCAAAGAUUAAAUUUAAAUGCAUGCGCACUAAAACCUAGCGGUACAUACAGUGGCGGCAACAAAAGACGUUUAAAUAUAGCUAUGGCUCUCAUUGGUAACCCAAAUUUAGUUUUACUAGAUGAGCCUACAACAGGCGUUGAUCCAGCUGCUAGGAGAUCAUUAUGGAAUGUUAUUCAAUCUUGCCAGACAAUAGGACAAGCUGUCGUUUUAACUUCUCACAGUAUGGAAGAAUGUGAGGCUCUUUGUAACAGAUUAGCAAUAAUGGUGGGCGGCAGAUUCUCAUGCAUUGGUCCAUGUCAAGAACUGAAACAGCGUUUUGGCGCAGGAUACGAUAUUCAAAUGAAAUUGAAUCCCGAUAAAGCGAAAAAUCAAAUCAACGAUAUAAAACAAUAUAUUACCAAUUGUGAGUUGGAUAUUGAGCUCGCUGAUGAAAAUUUAGGAUAUCUUCUGUAUCAUGUAACUACUACUAAUACUAGUUGGCGAAAGAUGCAUGACAUUAUGAACAUAGCGAAAAUAAAAUACGAUUGUAUAGAUGAUUUCUCUGUGGUAUCAUCAACGUUAGAGCAAUUAUUCUUAUUGUUCGCAAGAGCUGUUGAUAAGGACGUUAACCAUGAAAUCAAGAGAAUUGAUUAGAUGUAACUUUCAGAACUAUAUAAUAAAUGUAUAUGAAGGAUCGCUCAAAGAUC